ACGUCACUAAGAGAAAUUCAACAUGGCCGACAGCCAGUCGGUGCUAGAUGGCGAAAGUUAGCGAAACGCUUUGGUAAAAAUCUGCAAACCUCUUAGUCUUUGCUGCAGGUAUUUGAACUUUGUUGUGUGCUUAAACUGUAGCAUUACAUCUGGGAACACCUCACACAGUGAACGGAAGUUUAAGUUGAGUUUGUUUGUGAGUAAAAGGCCUCACUAAACCGGAUAUUAGCCACAGUGUUAGCUAGCCGCGUUAGCAGACCAGCGCCUGCUUUUGUUUUUGUUGAGUUAACUAACACAAUGCGCUAGAAGUCUGGCGUUGUGGAGCCUCGUUAACCUUUUAUUAUUUGGCCAUUUUCUUUGUUUUUCUUCAAACUGGACUACAUCUUUUUUAAGGGGCUCUCCCGCGGAGGUUUUUGUUUAGUAUCGGGGGGUGUGGAGUCCUGCCCGUCUUGCAGCGUGUUGACAGUGUUGCUAUUUGAUGCUAGCUUCGCAACAAAGCCAUAUUUAUCAUAAAUUAUAUCAUAAAACAGACACAUAAUCGCUGGACUGUACCUGUCUGGGAACAUUACGAGAACAUGGAUUCAAAGCGCGCACAUGGGAAGCCCCAAACAACCAGACGCGGUGGUGGAGGUGGUGGAGGUGGAGGCAGCAGUAGCAGCGACUCCAGCUGCGGCAGCCCCGCGUCCCCCUCCCGCAGCCCCGCACCGGCGGCGGCGACCAGAGCCCCGAUGCCCGGGGGGAACGCGUUCGCUAACGACGGCAGCUUCAUGGAGAUGUUCAAGAAGAAGAUGGAGGAGGAGGCGAAGAGGAAAAAGGAGACGCAGCAUACAGGUGGAGAGGAGAGAAGAGCCCCCCCCGAGCAAGGACAGACAUCAGAGGACAAGAAGCCCCCUCCCGUGACGAGCUUUGUAAGGGGUUUGGCAGUUGUGGGGAAGCGCAGAGGUGGCGUGUUCCUAAAGACCGGCAUGGUUGCGAAGAAGCAGAAAGACGACUCAGAAGCUGAGCCGGGCAAGAGCGACGCUUGGUCGAAGUACAUGGCCGAGGUAAAAAAGUACAAAGCCCACCAGUGUGGUGACGACGAUAAGACCAGGCCGCUGGUCAAGUAGGUCUCCGAAAAGGCGAACGUGAAGCCACGAUGUUUUGGGGGGGGGAUCAUCUGGGAGAAGCUCCGGGACGGCCGGCCAAUCCCGAGCUUCUCACACUGCCAGAUCAAGUCUCCCUUCACAUCAAGUCUUUCACAAACUGCUUAGAUUGACAGGCCAUUUUUCCUUCUUUUUUUUGUAUUGUUUCUGCUUUAUUUGUUGGACUCCGGUAAUCUAAAAAGUCACACGGUGUUUUCUGUAAACCUGCCGUUUCAUUAUUGAUCAUUAUUAAAUGUUUUCAAAUUUGUCAUGUCUGGGUUGAGUUGGGUUUCAUUAAUGGUUGGGUUUGAUUUAAAAAGCCAAAUCAAGGUGACAAUUAAAUCUACACUGCCCAUU